AUGUCGUCCUCCGAGGAACGAGAUGAUGUUCCGGAGACAAAGGUCCUUGCAAUAGCAAGCCAUGUGUGCUAUGGAUUUGUGGGAAAUACAAUGGCCACAUAUGUGAUGCAAUCCCUGGGCUGCGAAGUGGCUGCAAUCAAUACGGUUCAUUUUAGUAACCAUACUGGAUAUCGACAAGUAAAAGGAACGAAGACCAGUGCAGAGGAAAUUCGCAACCUCUACGAGGGCCUAACCCAAAGUUACCUCACUGAUUUUGAUGUCUUACUCUCUGGGUAUGCACCCAGUGCAGCUGCUGUUGAAGUGGUGGGUGAUAUUGCGCAAGAUUUGAUACGCAGAGCGGAGGGAAAGCCUGGGUCCUUUUUCUGGGUUCUCGACCCUGUCAUGGGCGAUCUGGGCCGCUUGUAUGUGGCUGAAGAUGUUGUUCCAGCUUAUAAGAAAAUAAUUCACCACGCAGAUUUAAUUCUGCCAAAUCAAUUUGAAGCCGAAACACUGUCUGGAAUAAAAAUAUCCACAACGAGUGAUCUUACCAAGGCCAUAACUCUCAUACACAAGAUAUAUUCGAUCCCUCAUCUUAUCGUCACAUCAGUGCAACUAUCAAACCUUGGCUCAACGGCACCCUCAGGGAUGAUGACCAUCAUCGGCUCGACUGUUCGUUCUGAUGGUUCCCCGCGUCUCUUUCGCGUCGAUAUUUCUGCCCUUGAAUGCAAUUUCAAUGGCACAGGGGACAUGUUUGCGGCCUUGACAGUGGCACGCCUACGUGAAGCGGUCUUUGCGGCGGGGCCAUCUCUUAGGAAUACCAAAUCUUGGAUAUCACCGGACGAUGUCUCUCCAACAGAGCUGCCCCUUGCAAAAUCUACUGAAAAAGUGCUUUCGAGCAUGCAUGCUGUAUUGCUAAAGACGAUGGAGGCCCGCAAAGCUGAGCUUGCUGCCACGGACAACACCUUCGUCGAAUUGACAGACGAACAGCAACAAUUCCGAGAGCAUUUGCGGCGAACAAAAGCUUCAGAGGUUAGGUUGAUUCGAAAUGUGAGAUUUCUGCGUAACCCGAUUGUCACUUUCAAGGCGCAAGAAUGGACGGAAUAA